CAGAGUCCCGCCCCCUCGGCUGGCCCGGCUGCCUCCGCCUCCUCCAGCUUUGGGAGCCGCUUCCGCUCGCCAUGGAGGAGGCAGGCAACCCCGAAAGAGAGCCUCUGCUGGCGGCGGCGGCGCCGCCGACGGCGGCUCCCGGCGGCCCCCGAGGGCUGCGGCGCCUCUACUCGGGCGGGGACAGCGCCGCCCCGGGCGACGGAGGAGACGGCGGCGGCUCCGAGGCCUCCCGGUCUCCCCCGGGCGGGAACGUUGCCGAUGACCAAAAUCCCUACUUGAACCAAGCAGUAGUGUUCAUUGAAGAUGCAAUUCAGUAUCGUUCCAUAAAUCACCGUGUGGAUUCUUACUCCUUGUGGCUUUAUCGGCGGUAUUACUCAGAAGUUUGCCAAUGGAUUUUGAUUGCCACCAUUACACUAAUCCUGGCUCUUGCUUUCAUCGAAACGCCUUCUUCAUUUACUGUCACGUCGGACAUACGAUACCGCUUGAAACCCUGGGAGCCUCCUUGUGGCUUGACGGAGAGCAUUGAACUGCUUUGCUUCCUUGUCUUUAUAGCAGAUGUCUCUGUAAAGAGUUACUUAAUAGGAUGGGAAGAGUUUCGGAAAACCAAGUGGUUGAUGGCAUAUAUCGUGGUGCUAGUAGUCUCCCUUGCAGACUGGACUGUUUCGCUGAGCUCUUCCUGUGGUGAGCCUUCCAAAAUACGGCGAAUCCUCCGUCCUUUCUUCCUCCUUCAGAACUCUUCAAUGAUGAAAAAGACACUAAAGUGCUUUCUCCCUAAUAGUGUUAUGCUGCUAUUAGCUGUUCACCUGUUUCUCUUUACCAUGUUUGGCAUGCUGCUGUUUGCUCGAACGAAGGAUGCCCAGCAGGACAAGGAAUGGCAAGGAUAUUUUCACAACUUGCCAGAUUCAUUAACUUCCCUGCUGGUACUGCUGACAACUGCAAAUAAUCCAGAUGUGAUGAUUCCUGCCUACUCUAAGAACAGAGCAUAUUCCAUCUUCUUCAUAUUCUUCACUGUAAUAGGGAACUUAUUUCUGAUGAACUUGCUGACAGCAAUAAUAUACAAUCAGUUUCGUGGCUAUCUUCUGAAAUCGGUUCAAUCCUCACUUUUCCGAAGGCGCUUAGGAAUCCGGGCUGCCUUUGAAGUUCUUUGUUCUCUGAAGGAGACUUCUCUCAAUAAGAACAUCUUGCGUGUCCAGGCAGAGACUCUAGCUCAAGUUCUUCAUAGAGUAAAAAUGGAUCCUGACUGCAAGGAAGCAAUCAUUAGGAACCUUGAGUUGUGUCCCCCAGGAGGUCUGACCUCUGCUCAGUUUCAAUUACUCUUUGAUGAACUGGACAAACACAAAGUUAAAGAGCGUCCUCCCAGGCCAGAUUAUCAGUCACCUUUUCUACAGAGAAUCCAAAUUGUCUUUGGUCACCGUUACUUUGGCUAUUUGGGGAAUGCUGUUGCUGUAGCAAACGUUUUGUCUGUGUGCGUAAGUAUAACAUGUGUCAAACAGUAGUGAUUUUACAUUAUGGCAAGUUUUAGCAGGGCAGUUUAGUAGCCCAGUUCCCUCAUC